UGGUCUUCAUCCUGGCGGGGCAGUCCAACAUGAGCGGCCGCGGCGGCGCCACCAGCGGCGUCUGGGACGGCGUCGUGCCGCCCGAGUGCGCGCCCUCGCCGCGCAUCCUCCGCCUCUCCCCCGCGCUCCGCUGGGAGGAGGCGCACGAGCCACUGCACGCCGACAUCGACGUUGGCAACGUCCUCGGCGUCGGGACUGGCAUGCCCUUCGCCCACGCCGUGCUCGCCGCCGGCAAGGGCGCGGAGGCCACCGUGGGGCUCGUCCCCUGCGCGCAGGGCGGCACGCCCCUCGCCAACUGGACGCGGGGCACGGAGCUGUACGAGCGGAUGGUGACGCGCGCCAGGGCGGCCAUGGCCGGCUGCAACGGAGGCGGCGAGCUGGCCGCCAUUCUAUGGUACCAGGGGGAGACCGACGCCAUGAAGCGGGAGGACGCCGAGCUCUACCAGGGGCGCAUGGAGGCGCUCGUGCGCGACGUCCGCCGCGACCUCGGCCGGCCGGAUCUCCUCGUCAUCCAGGUCGGGAUUGCGACUGCGCAGUACAACGGCAAGUUCCUCGGCCGUGUGAGGGAAGCUCAGAAGGCAGUCACGGCCACGGUCCCGAAUGUCAAGUACGUCGACGCCAUGGGGUUGCCCAUUGCGAGCGAUAAGACGCAUCUUACCACUGAAGCUCAGGUCCAGCUCGGGAACAUGCUAGCCAAGUCGUAUCUAGAAACGCUGUAAUAAUCUUUCGAUCGGCAUGUAACUUUUUAUAAGAAACAUGGGAUUAUAUGCAAUUAAGC